CUCAACCAUCCCCAACUCCCUCCGCAAAACACCAUGACGAGGCUCGUCUAUACCCCAUGGAACAAAUCCCUCACACCCAAUCAAUAUGCCUCGGCAGGAUGAAACAGUCCCUUCUUCCGAAGCACCAACGGAACCAUUCCCGCGUUUCAUGGACCUGCCACCCGAACUCCACAUCCUUAUCGCCAACUUCCUCAUCUUCCCCGACUUAGUCCAUCUCAAAUUGACCUGUGCCUACUUCAAUGACCUAAUCCCUCCACUCUCGCACCAUGAGCUCCUUCAAGCCGAACUCACAGACUUCGCCCUCGCACGCGAUGUCUACACCUGUCGGUAUUGUCUCCGUCUCCGUCCUGCGGCCAAAUUCGCGGAUCGGAUGCUUCGACGCGGGCGGGGUAGAUACGGUCGUGAUGCGGAGAGGCGCUUCUGUGUGGAAUGUGGGCUGAUGCCACGUUCCGGGACGGCGAGGUAUGGACCUGGCGCCCAGAUUGUGAUUCAGGGAGUUAUGUUCGUGAUAUGUAUGGUCUGCAGAGAGUUUGCUGUUGGGAUGAAGGGUGGGGUUGGUAAGGGGAUUGCGAUUUGCGAGAAGUGCUGGGAAGAGAGAUUGAUUCGUGAGAGGGCUUUUCCCUGAUGGGGUUAAGUGUGAAGGAUCUCAUCGACGUGCUUUUCCGUUCGGUUGAGUUUUGACGUGUAGUACGCUGGAUUUUGAUACCCGGUUAUUCUCGGCUGGCGGGAUCCGCGCGCAUAGUCGUAUAUUGCUGUGGCAGAUCUACGGAGUACGUGCCAGAGUGUUUCCAUGUGAGAAUUGCUUUGGUUCCUGGUCUGUCGGAAUCUCGAGGCUCUCGCCCAAGGAGUAAAAGUUGGCAUGUUAGGACCUUCGACGACUGCCGAGGGUAUGAGAGUUGUAGAUUAUUAACGGAGCUAUGAAGCUGUACAUCUUCUUCCAACG